UCGGAGGAUGUUGAAGAAUAGGAAGCAUCGCGAGUUUCUCUGAGGGCCGAUAACGAGUCCCGGAAGACACCUUGAUAUCUGCGUCUCUCGAGUUCCCCAGAAUGUUUGACAUCCCGGCACGAGGUUAGAACCAAGAAGAGCGAUGGGCAGACAAGUAGAGGAGAAAUAGCAGAGAGUGGUCAGUCGUGGGUAGCCAGCCUGCAUUGACAAGGUGGAGGAGGAGGAGGAGGCGGGGGAGGCGGAGAAAGCGAAAAGUAGAAGAAAGGGAGGAAAACGGUGGAAAAGUCGACGAGAGGUGGCGAAUUGGUCGAAAAGGCGAAAAACGAGCCCGGAGAUGUCUCGGAGGCAGGCUGGUCCAGGGAUCUGGUGCUGGGUUUGGGUGCUGGGCGCCCUGGGGACCACCGUGGGUCAGCUGGUCCAGCACUGUCCACCCCAUGGUCAGAUCCACCCUUGCUCCUGCACCGUAAAAAAAGCAGGACUGGACAUCCUCUGCGAGUUCACCGAUUUAUCCCACAUCACCAAGGCCAUGGACGUCCUCAAGGGCGGGUCGAACGUUAUCUUUUAUCUCAAACUAAGGCACAACAACCUCCCAAAACUCCAGGGCUUCAUAUUCUUCGGCCUUGACAUCUGUCAUCUCACCAUCCACAACAGUAGCCUCGCGGUUGUCGAAGAAACGGCCCUCAGUUCCGUGGGGAAGGCGUUGACUCAGCUGGACUUUUCCCAAAAUUCCCUGGUCUCUGUCCCAUCGGCGGCCAUGCGACCUCUUCAUCAUCUUCUCAUCUUGAAUCUGAAUCAUAACAAGGUCGGAGCUCUUCAUGGAAAAGCCUUCGAAGGUCUCGACACCCUAGAAAUUCUCACCCUCUAUGGAAACAAGAUCUCCAACAUAGAGCCGGACGCCUUCAAGGGGCUGGAUAACCGGAAAUUGAAGCGUCUGAAUCUCGGAGGAAACCAACUAACGAGCAUCCCCACGUCUGCACUUUCGACCCUCGAUAUGCUGAAGAAGUUGGAGCUGCAGGAGAACCACAUCAAAAGCAUCGAGGAGGGCGACUUCGAAGGUCUCAAGAGUCUGGACUCCCUGGGAUUGGCUCACAAUUAUUUGAGAGAAGUCCCUGCUCGCGUUUUCUCUCAUCUGACGCAGCUCAACUCUCUGGAGCUCGACGGGAAUCAGAUCACCCACGUGGACUCGAACGCCUUCAUCGGGCUCGAAGAGAACCUUCAAUAUCUGCGACUCGGCGACAACAAUCUGCACUCCGUGCCGAGCGACGCUCUUCGGCGCCUCCACCGUCUUCGUCACUUGGAUUUACGAGCCAAUAAUAUCACCGUGCUUCCCGAAGACACCUUCACGGGAUACGGGGACUCCAUAACUUUCCUGAAUCUCCAGAAGAAUCUGAUCAAGAUCCUGCCUACCACCGUUUUCGACAACCUGAAUUCCUUGGAGACUCUUAACCUGCAGAAUAAUAAACUUGUACACAUACCUGAAGAGGUGACGGAAAAUGUCGUCGACACCCUUCGCGUUAUCGACAUAACAGACAACCCGUUGAUCUGCGACUGCGAAUUGCGAUGGUACUCGGCGUGGCUGAAGAACCUCCGAGAUCGAGAUGACGAGACGAUGUCAAAAAAACGCACAGUCUGCACAAUGCCAUCCGAACACACGGAAUAUGCAGUGCAAAAUAUCCCUCUGGAAAGGAUGGGAUGCAUCGGGAAAAAUGCAGAAAGGACCUCUCGAGGACAUGCGUCCUGUUGCUCGGCGAGCAUAAAUCUAUUCGUCCUUUUCACCGGGGCUUUGACGUUUAUUUAACCAAGAAACCGACGCGGUCUUCUAGAGCACGUCUUGCGAAAUGACUUUGCAAAAUGAUUUUGCAAAAUCCUCGCCGACAUACGAAGACGGAGAAAUUCUUCAAGGACCUCAUCGUGGCGGGAUGUAAAUGGCAAAAUAGCAAAUCGUGGCAAAGCAACCCUCAAACAGAAGAAAAACAACUGAUACGUGCGACGUUAUCAUUAAUCGUCAUCAUUAUUGACGAUUUCAGUGGACAAGAUCGAAUUUAGUUAUAAAGACAUGUCCCCUCGCUCUCCUGCGCGAGAGAGAUUAAUUAUUAUUUAUCUUCUUGGUAUUUUACUUUUGGGUUUCUUUCUUAAUUGUCCUUUUACUGGAUAGCAGUACGUCGUUUUGUGGGACUUUUGGAACGGUUUUAAUUUUUUUUUUCGGGCAAUUAUGAAUAUUAAUUAUCAGCUGGGGUUCGACUUUGGGCAGCGGAACUGCCAUACGUGUCUUGCUUAUGGAUGCAAUUCUGCAUAUUUGCAUUGAAUCGGCGCGCAUGCAUGCUUCGGUUAUCUCGCAAUGUUUCCUCCGAGCUGGAUUUAAUUACAGGCUUCUAUGCGGUAUGAACAAUGUAAAGCAAUUAUGCAAUUACCGAGGAGCGUUUAAUUCUAGGAUCAAGUGGUGCGAACUAGGUGGCACCGUCGAGGUGCGAUUCUGUAAGAUAUUGAUAUGUUAUUGACAUGUUACUGACAUGUCCCGAUGUAAAAAAGGACGUCGAAAGUUUAGACCUAAGUUUCCGUUCGAGCUUCGUCCCCGCUAAUCAAGAUGAUCGAUUAAUAUUAUAUUUUUCUGCAAUCUAAGUCCUCAUUUCUUUCCUUUAAGCAUAAAUUAGGGUCUGAUUUCUCGAGAGCAGACAUAAAUAUUAACAUUACAGACUUUUUUAAGAAACGCCAAGGUUUGUCCCUAGGAGGGAGUAUUUAUUAUCGCAAUUUUCGACGGAGUUUCGAAAAUCUUUCCCGGAUGGUCCAGCGCGAGAUAUAUUUUAUCCCAGGAGAUGAAUCGACGUUAUUUUUGUUACUACUAAAUGUUAACUUCGAGAAUGACAAAGUACCCUUGACAAUCGUUGCGUAGCUACGUCAGCUUGUAAGUGAAUUGUUUAAUUGAAAUUCAGAGAUCAUUCUUACUUUAUUACAUAAAAACAUAAGCGACUCCUCGAGAUGAGCUUAUUUAUUAGCGAUACUUUACGUUUUUAUUUAUACCAUUUACGCAAUUAGGAUUGCGUUCCAAUGUCGUAGCGAAUUUUUCCCCUAGAGCUUUCUUCACCGUAUUGACGGAAACGUCAAGAAAACUGAAUAACAAACCAUCAUUAAUUUUCCAAGAAGUUAACCUCGAGGCAAUUAGUGAUUAAUUAAAGAUUUGCGAAGGAGCGACUUUUAUUGGGCGCGUCAUCAAAGUACGUAAAAGGGAAAAGAAAGUCUAAAAAAAUAAAAUCGAGACAUAUCGAUCGAGCUUCGAUCUCGGGAUCAUCGAUCAGCCAUUACGGAUGAGCUUUCUCAUGCCGAUUGAUACAUAUCAGAAGGGAUGCCAAGAUCAAUGAUUUGUGAUCAUUUUCCUCUCUUUGAUGAAGAAAAAACGUCGAAGGAGGGCUUUUAUCAUACAUAUCAGCUCGAUAUCGAACGAGCGGCGAGAUCGAGGUUUACCUCGGUUCGACAUUUCGAGACUGGAGUGAUUUAUAUCGACAAUGAUUACGAAUUCAUGACUGAUCAAUCGAGGUGGGGAAAUCGUGUCGAAAUGUCGAGGCUCGCGCUAUUCAAGGACUAACAAUGACGGAAAGUAAUGCGACUCGCAAUUGUCUAGUUAUAAUUAACGCCGAUAAUAUAGUUUAAGGCUUAAGGAUUACCACGACUGCGUACCGAAACUAGUUAGAGAUAAGUGCAUAACCGCGUGAUUCACAAUCAUGCCGUGUUCCGACAUUACGAGUUGGUGGCCUCCGAUUUGGAAAAAGAAGACAAAAGAAAAUGGCAGAAUUUUUAACAAUUCAUAAUUGGCAGCGAGAAAAAAUUAUUGACACCGCCACGGGGAAUUCUCAGUGAAGGAACACGGUUAUUACGGGGUAGAAAAUUGCGCUGAAAUUUGGGGAAAACCGAUCGGAGUAGAAGUUUCGAGGAGAUCUUGAAAAUUUCCUGAUGUCAGUCGAGCGACUUUUGUACGGAAAAUAGGAAAAAGAAAAUGUGGCAAAAGAGCGAAUCACCGCAAAAAUUACUAUUAAUUACUACGCUAUGGAAUUGCAAUGGCGAAUCGCUGUAGUGGAAAUGUUGCCGGGAAUGACCUCGAGUAAUAGGUGAUUACUAUAAAUGUUUCUAUUGCAUUGUUGGCAAGCUUGGAAUUUUCUUUACAUUUUCUGUAACAAGUUCUCGAGGUCCUUCCCGAAAUUUUCAUUUCAGCGCGACAUUAAUUCCAUUUGCCCCAAUGACGAGGAAGACGUCAGACAUACAUAUCAUUUAUAUAUCCCAGAUUUGUCCGAUAAGUAAGAAUGAUACAUAUAUAUAUAUACACAUAAUUAUUAUACAGCGUAUAUAUACGUUUUGAAAAAGCUUGACGCUUUGCCGUUACACGUCGUACAUAUACAUAUCCGUAACAUAUGAGAUUUAAGAGGAUUUAUUUGUUAAAAAUCUCUACACGUUACAUAUGCAUAUAAAAUAUAUUGAAUAUAUAAAUAUAUACAAAUAUAUAUACAAUUAUACACACAACUCGGACGCUGUAUCAGGAUCGCGAAGUGAUACCUUUCAUUUAAAUGAAAUAAUUCAUGAAAUAGUUAGACAACCUGAUUUACCAUGGCCCUAUUAUAAUUGAAAAAAGUAAUUAUUAUUCGAUAUUCAAAAUUGUUUAAAGGGGAAGAAAAAGAAUUUCGAGAGGAUGGGAUGAAAAUUCAGGAUUCCAAAGUCGCGAGAUACAGGGUGACGAGUUUUUCGCCCGAAACCUUUAGAAACUAGUCCAUAGUGGUUAGAGGUCGUUAGAACUCCCUAGGGAUAUAGUGGAAAAAAAAGUAACUAAAUAAAACAGAUAUACGCACGAGGGCCCUCCCGGGCUCGCUUCUGGAGGGCCCCAAAGACCAUGUCGAGACAUAUCUUUGCCAUGGGGUAUCUCGUCGAGUGCGCCCCCUUAAUUAAUUACUAACAAUUAUAUGAGGUAUUUUUGUACAGUCUCUUACAGUGUCGGAAAGUUGCCUGCGCCCCCGACGAGGGUACCCGGCACCCCUUUGCGGCAUUUCUUUCCUCCUGAACGGCAAUAUGCAAAUCCGCUGCAGCCGGAACUCGGACAAGGGGAAAGAAUUGCGUUAGAAAUUAUUAAAAAUUACUAAGAAUUACUAAAAAUUACUAAAAACACCGGACGACGUCCAGGGAAUAUUCCUACACCGAGGAGGAAAUUCAAUGAACCAAGGAAAUUUGAAUGGUACCAGAGAAAUAUUUGGUUAAGAAUAAUCAUUUGCCUUAAAUAACCUGAAACAAAUCUUCAUGAUGCCGACGAAAAUGUUGCAUUCGAUUUAUUCCAGUUUAUUCGAGUCUAAUGAUUAUACUUUGAAUUAACAAAAUAUUUCAUUUGGUACUAUUCAGGGAAAUAUUUCUCUGGUUCAAUGACACUUUUUUUCCGGGUAGGUCAGGGGGACGAAAGUGCACCUUUCGAACCUAAAUCUCGUUUAUGUCGAGUGUACCUAGGUGUAAUGCAUGUCGCACUUAAUCGACCCUCGACCUGUAUGCAAAUUUCGAAUAAUUAAUCUGCACACACGUCGCGGGGUACGCGAACUCGUAUCCAAGAGAACAAAUGAGAGGUUACCUGGGGCAUAAUCAAUUGAUAAUUAAUCCUUCAAACGCUAUGCCUAACGUUAUGUAGAUUUCGCGCUUAUAAGUGCACAUACACAUAUGACGAUGCGUGUGUGUUCAUAUGGCGUGGCUCGAUUGUCGUCGAUGUAUGUAUAUCGAUAAUUCGAGGCUUGUCGAAGCCCUCGGAGGUGUCUACCGAUAUUGUAUAAUUAUCCAGAUUCAAACGUUCUACGUGUCAUUUAUUAUCUUGUUGAACUAUUACUGUGUAUGUGUGGCACCUUGAAGUGAAUAAAGAUUAACUAACCAUAA